GCACAAGCGAGAAGAACACGGGGUGGAGAGGACGUACGAGAGCGUCUCAGUUAUUUAAAUAAGAUCUGUUAAUUGACAGAUAUUUCGGUGUGUAAAGGCCAGGGCCAGCUGACAGGUGUGUAGUGGUGAUGGCGGUGGUUAUCCGCCUGCAAGGCCUGCCCAUCGUGGCGGGCACCAUGGACAUACGGCACUUCUUCUCCGGCCUCACCAUACCGGAUGGGGGGGUUCACAUAGUGGGGGGGGAACACGGUGAGGCCUUUAUGGUGUUCGCCACGGACGAGGAUGCCAGGCUAGGUAUGAUGCGUACAGGUGGGGCUAUCAAGGGCUCCAAAGUGUCCCUCCUGCUCAGCAGCAAGACUGAGAUGCACAACAUGAUCGAAUUGAGCCGCCGCCGUUUCGAGACGGGUAGCGGUGAGACCGCCGCCGGUAAUGGCAGCCGGCCGGGAGGACCCCCCGCCAGCACUGCUGGGAGUGGGAGGGGCUUUAGCAACACCACCACCGCCACCACUGCACCCUCUGGCCAUGACAGCGGUGGCAACAAGAACCCAUCCACUUAUGCCUCCUCCUCCGGCAGCAUGCCGCCAAGCUUCAGCAACAACUACAGCAGCCCCGCAAUCACCACUCUGGCCUCCCACAACUCCGGCCCUCCUCCCAUCCCCUCCCUGCCCCCCAUGCCUACCAUCCCUCCCAUGCCAGUCCCUCCUCCCGUUUCCUCCCUCCCCCCUAUCCCGAGCGUUUCACCCCUCACCCAGGGGCCACCUGUACCCCCUAUGUCCCAUCUUGCCCACAUGUCAGCCAUGCCUCCCUUUAACCCUGGCGUGCCACCCCCUGGUGGCAUGACCCAAGGCCUGCCCUUGGGGACGCCAAACCAUAUGUUCCUUGGCCAUAUGAACCCCCUGGCCUCCCUCAAUCUGCAAGCCCACAUGAAAGCUGCCGUAGGGGGUGCCGCAGGUCUUGGCGGGCCACCGGUAGGUCUUGGGCCAGAUGAUCUGUAUGCCCACCUCCAAGGACUUCCCUUCACAGCCACAGAGAUGGACAUUCGAGAUAUGUUCCAGGGCCUGGGGCUCGACUCCAUCCGCCUACUGAGGGACAACAUGGGCCGCAGCAGUGGCCGAGCCCUGGUCAAGUUCUUCUCCCCCCAGGACACAUUUGAGGCGGUUAAACGCGGUGGUGCCCUCAUGGGCCAGCGAUUUGUGGAGAUCAGCCCCGCUUCUGAGCGACAGUGGGCAAGCGUUGGUGGCCCAGCCCACUCCAAACCCAACAACAACCAGCAGGAGUCCCAGGACCAACAUCGCCGUGGCAGCAUGACGUCGGCCUCACCCGGGGGCCGGGGGGAGCGUGGGCGGUCCCGCUCUCCACAAAAGCCGGAGUUCUGUGUUUACUUAAAAGGCCUGCCUUACGAAGCAGACAAGAAGCAGAUAUUCGACUUCUUUAAGAACUUGGAGAUCGUAGAGGACAGCCUGUAUAUCGCCUAUGGUCCUACCGGCCGUGCCACAGGGGAAGGCUUUGUUGAAUUCAAAAAUGAGAUGGACUACAAGGCAGCCCUCGGUUCGCACAUGCAGUACAUGGGCAGUAGGUUCAUUCAGGUCCAUCCCAUCAGCAAGAAAGGAAUGUUCGAGAAGAUUGACUCCAUCCGUAAACGCAUGCAGGGCUCCCAGGGUGAACAGAAGAACAGCUCCGACCCAGGCAAGGGUGCCAGGAACUGUGGCCACAUAUCCAACAUCCCCUACAAUGUGUCAAAGAAGGAUGUACGCCUGUUUCUGGAGGGGGUCGGGGUGUUUGAGGACAGCCUGAAGGUUCUAGUGGACGGGAACGGUAAUGGAUUGGGCCAGGCUGUGGUGCAGUUCCGUUCCGAAGACGACGCUCACAACGCCGAACGGCUCCACCGGCAGAAACUGAACGGCAGGGACGCCUUCGUGCACCUGGUCACCUUUGAGCAGAUGAAGGAGAUCGAGAGAAAUCCUCCACCCCAGGUCAAGAGAGGGCAGGGGAAGGUUCAGGGUCAGGGCAGCUCCCAGGUUCAGGUUCACGCACAGGCCCAUGCACAGGCCCACGUUCAGGCCCAAGCGAACCCUUUCGGCAUGACAGGAGAAGAGUUCAACUUCCUCAGAAACACAGUAGGGAACUUGAACAAUGGGCCAUUCGUAGGCCCGUUUCCAGGCCCAGGUAAUGGCCUAGCAGGGCCCCCUCCACUGCCCCCCCUGGCAGCAGGUCUGGGGGACGUGGGUCUAGGCCUGCCCCCUCCCCUGGUGGGACACAUGCCAGGCCCUAUUCUGGAACCUCCAGGGUUCCGGCCUGGCAAUUCUAGUGGCCCUCCAGGUUUUGGCCAGCCGCCAUUUGACAACAAUUCUAGAAAGAAUGGAGGCCAGGGGCGAGGGGGUGGGAGUGGAGGGGGAGGACAGGGUCGGGGUGGGGGAGGAGUACCGGGAUCUGACCCCCUCAGAGGACAAGGGGCCGCAGGGCCAGGAAACCCCCGCGGUGGGGGACCCACCAUCGUCAAGAUCCAGAACAUGCCGUUCACGGUGACUGUUGAUGAAAUCAUGGACUUCUUCUACGGAUACCAGGUGCUCCCUGGGUCUGUUUGCCUACAAUUCAGUGAAAAGGGCCUGCCCACUGGGGAAGCGAUGGUGGCUUUCGAGUCCCACGACGAGGCCAUGUCUGCCGUCAUGGACCUCAAUGACCGCCCGAUAGGCGCCCGCAAGGUCAAAAUCAGUCUAGGCUAACUGACUCUCUCCCAGUGGUAAGAGCCUCUUGUUGAAAUGUUGAGGUAUCUCACAAUCUCUCUCUCUCUCCUUUUACCCCUUUGUUGAAAUUAUUUACGAAAGUACAAUUAUUUAGUAGCAAAAUAUGAAAUGACAAAAAAAAAAAAGUGCUGCAUCACUUUGAUGUAUGAAGAUGCUUUACUGUAGCGUUCUGUGUGGAUUUCCUGUUGGUUAUCAGCUGGCCAUGACAUGGUGAUGAUGUAGGAGCUGGAAUCCAAUCAUGUCCAGAGGUGAUGCAUGUGAUAUAAGUGUUUCUCUCAAACAGACUUGAUGACAGACACAGGUCUGGAUGCAGAAGUGUGGGUGGAGAUAACGGAGGGGUGGUGCUUACUCCAUCCUAUUCUUGAGGCAUGUUAGAUGAGUUUCUCAUAAUGAUGAUGUGACUCCUAACCCUAACCUGUGUCUGCUGUAGGUUGAACUUGAGAUUUUCCUCUCUUUCUGAAACUUUCAUAAAAGGGGUUUUCUCUUCACCUGCUGCCAUGCAAGGUGCCACAGAGGUUACAAUUUUGCUCAAAGCUGUUUUCCCCACCCACUGUCAAUAAAUGCAAAUGUCAAUGUUGUUGCUCUCUUGUGUGAAGGAAACUGUAGUGCUUGUUUCUUCAAUGUUAGAUAUGACUGAUUUUUUUUUAAUCUUCAGAGUUAUUGCAGCCUGACCCAUGAAAGCUCUCUCUCUGCCUCCGUUUUCUUUGAACCUAUAAGCUGCUGUUUCCCAGAUGUAGAUUUGUGUAGCGUUGUAGUGUCAUCUCACAAGAACAACUGUUAAGUUUCAUUCAUUCGACGUGGCAGCAAAUGAACUCAUUGGGUGUGUGUAUAUAGCCUCCUGUCCUACUCUUUUGUCAAUAAAAUGGCAUUCCUGAUAUCACAGGUAUUUUAUGUUAAUUCUCUGCUCACUGCUUGCUAAAAUCAUUGGGAACAAUAAAGUUAUGUUUUGGCAGAGUUUCACCAGGUAGUGGGUUUACACACAGCCUGUGUUGCUAUGGUUACAGAAAGCAGUGCAUUGCCAUGGUAACUCAAAGCUUAAAGAUCUGGGGACCUACAGUGGUGUGAUGCUAUGGUAAUGCACAGCUGGGUGUUGUCGUGGCAAUGCACAGCUAAAAGUGUUGUGAUGCUGACACAUACCCCGGUCCCGUGCUGCUAUGGUAACGCACCGCUGGGUGUAUGUUUCUUUGUUACAACAGCAGAGGUUUCUGUUCCUACCCAGGGGAUGCAUAUUUGCCUACUGAUGCUGCAUUCAGAGAUGAAAUGGAUUAACCAGGACAAUGUCAAACUGACGUUUGAAGGUCGCAAACUGAUGAGACCAAAUGAGCGUGUGUGAGAGUCAUUGUUGUAUGCAUGUACACCUGCAGCGAUCAGGAGCGAAUGUCGAUCUCUGGAUAACAGGUCAGAGUUCAAAGGAGCCGUAAUCCAUUCAAUUAAACACAUUAAAAUCAGAGGUACCUGACAGCAGCAGUGUAAUCUGUGCAGCGCAUGUCAGGUCAUGAAUGUGACAGCUGGUAAACACGUUCUUUUUGUGUGUGUGUGUGUGUGUGUGUGGAAGAAGUUGAAGGAUAUACAUUUAUCAGUGUUUUUUUCUACAAGGCUUUCUAAGCCUACAGAGUGGUCCAGAUACCUCUUUAAAACUCUAUAUACAUCCAUACCUGGACAGAUAUAGCCUUCUAUAAUCCAGGAUGGACAUACUGUAGCUGGUCUGUUUGUGUCCCUGUGUAUGUGUCUGUUUGUCCCUCUGGUUCUGCCUUCAGCCCUGGGGAGAGGUCUGGCAACAGCACAGCCAUGAGUAAACUAAUAAGAGGUUAUGAAUGUUCAGUUCAUAGUUUGUGUAAGUAAGGCAGAGAAGAAUAGUAUACAAGAAGAACAGUAUAGUGCUAGUUGUUGACAGGUGUGUGUGUGUGUUACAGUCACAAGUAAUGACUUAAGGAAAGAAUGAGAGGGCUGGGAAGUGUGUGUGUGUCUAUGCAAAAAACAAGUUGCUACCCUUUCGAUCCUGAUCAUGUGACCUCACUGCUUGCUCGCUUGCUGCUGGUUAUAAAGCACAUGUUGGAUGUGGACUGUGAGGACUGAGUUCCUACCUAGAACAUAGUUCCUAGACACUAGAUCCUGCUGCUACUGCCGCCGUGCUCUGCUGUGAAAGAGGUAGGUACAUUCCUGGUCAUACCUGUAACGGGCUGUAGGGGGCGCUGGCACCAUGGAUUCUGGCAAAAAGAGGUUCUGUGUGUAAUAUGGAUACUCGUAAUUGAUAAAGGCCUCUACAUAGAGCUUUCACACUUCUGGCUCUGUGAGGCUUGAACAAUGCAGACAGGACAAGGAUUUAAAUCCAUAAAGUAUUCGAAUAUCCCGUUCUGUUCUUCGCCGACACUCAUCCCUCCAGAGCUGUCUGAAUCGGGAUGGUUUGAAAGUAAGGCUGUGGCAAAAAGGUUAUUUUAUAACGGUCAAAGUUUUACCUGCGGUCAGUGCCUUAAUCUGUGGGUCAAUUUUCAGUACAACCAGGUGAUGUGAAGCUGUGCUGGUCGGAUACCUGAGUGAUGAGCUAACUAGCUUGGUGGGGUGAUGUUGGUGGGAGAUGUAAACAUCAGAAGGGAGCUGUCGGUCCAGAAACGAGGGAGGGUGUAGGAAGGACCGCGAGAGGAGAAUAAGGCGGGCGUGUGUGUUCUUUUUCACCAACUUUGUUUUAUCUUGAAUAAGCAUGUCUCUUGUCCUGGUGUAAUCACAUGGUUUCUAUAAACAAGACAUGCCUUACCUGAUAUCGGUUUAUGGCUUGGCUGGGAUGGACUGAGCUGAGCAAUGUGAAGAAAAAAUGUAAUGGGCUAUAUUUUAUGUUUCUAUUCACUGAGAAGAGGACUAUUCAUAUAGUCCACACAAUGCAUGUGUGUAGUCGGUAUUUCUCUAUAGGCGAGAGAGUGGAGGGAAUUCACAGGACAUUAACAUUGAAGUUAGUCACCCUAGAUUACCAGAUUAUUUUAGGCAGGCAGCAGCACGAGUCGGUUGCCUAUUCAAACCACUUACAACCCCGCCCAAUUUGGUUCGAUAGCCGCAACCAGGCUGUGGGGGAAAGAAGCACAGCAUAGCAGUCAAUUGGGGUUAGCGAACGUUGGAUAGUUAUCCCUGAUAACAAUAUGUAACUGAUUGGUCUGCUCCAUUACUGGUCUUUUCACAGGGGCCAAACACCGUUUUGUAUUAACUUUGCAUACCUCCAUGUUUAUGUUCUAAAGUGGAAACUUACGUCAUAACGUGCAGCCAGUCGUAUUACUGCGGCUCUAUUAAUAACAGACCUGAUUGCGCACUUGUGUUUAGGAUAUGACUGGCUAUAAAGCUAUAUUCCUGCGUGUGUAAAACUGCAAGGCCACUAGGACAUCUAAAUGAACUGCUGGGAUUGUGAAACAUCUUUAUUAAACGAGCAUGGGCACACUUCCGCAAAUUCUCCCUGUACUGCCAGAAGAACGUGAGUGAUGUAUCAAUUGGCCAAUAACACCGCUUGCAGAAAGGCAGUUUAUCCAAUGGUAGGGCUGUUACGUAGCUGUUCAUCUGCCACACCUUUUGUGAACGUCGAAAGUCAAAUCAUCCAUUCAGUAACAGUUACUUGUACUCAGCUCGACGUGGUGGGUCAACAUAGCGUCUGUUUAUAUCCUAUGGCGACUGAUUGCGUGUCGAAGAUCGAGCUCUCCAUCUCGUGCAGCAACCUUCUAGACAAGGAUGUUGGUUCGAAGUCUGAUCCGCUUUGUGUGCUUCUGCAGAGCAUUGGUGAUGACAAGUGGGCAGAGCUGGACCGUACAGAGCGUGUGAAUAACUGCCAGGACCCCUCCUUCAGCACGCGCCUGCGUGUGGACUACUACUUUGAGAAGGUCCAGAAGUUGAAGCUAGGCGUCUACGACAUCGAUAACAAGUCUGUGGACCUGACCGAUGACGACUUCCUGGGAGGGCUUGAGUGCACUCUGGGACAGAUUGUCUCCAGUAAGAAGCUCACCAGACCAUUACAGCUGAAGAAGGGCAAGCCUGCUGGCAAAGGAACCAUCACUAUCACAGCGGAGGAGAUUAAAGACAACAGAUCCAUAGUUCUAGAGGCGGCAGCUAAAAACCUGGAUAAGAAGGAUCUUUUCGGGAAAUCUGACCCAUUUCUGGAGUUCUUCAAGCAGGGAGACGAUGGCCAGUGGCAGCUGGUACAUAGAACAGAGGUGGUGAAGAACAACCUGAACCCAUCCUGGAAGACCUUCACCGUGCCCCUGCAAACCUUCUGCAGCU